GUCGGCAAAGGAAGGACUUUCUGCAUCGAGGAGAUGACUUCUCAUCAGCUAUUCGGCUUUACCUUCCGCGCUUGCGUUUUUCUAAUUCUGUUUUUUGAGAAUGUUGUGUGUUUCGCUCCCUCUCUUUUCCCAACCAUGAGCAUGAUUCCUUCGUGGCGGCCGAGUCUCAGGGCAUUGUACAAAAACCAACGAGUGUCGUGGAGCGCACCUGCUUACAGCAGACCAGCCAUACUGCCUCAAACCUGUGUGAAGAUGAAAGAUCAAGAUGGUGAAAGAAUGGUCAAAAAUCAGGAUGCUGAGCCGUCAAGGAAGCCCACCUCGCUUGAAGCUGCUGCCUCCCUGGAUCUAGACCAAGCAGAGAGCGACAUGAAGCUGGCGAACAUCAAAGACGAGCUGCAAGACAUCAACAAGAAGAUGAUGGCCACCCUGCGCCGGAGGAAGACGUUGCUGAAGAAGUACAGAGCGUUGAACCAAGCAAAGGCUGAGUACGAGGACUUCGUGGGAACAAUCAACACCUUCUGCACUGCCGAGGAGUUCGACAUGCCGCACGCAUUUCGACGUCUGCGUGUGUGGAGCAGAGGCAACGCCAAGUUCAUGGAGGAAGGGAAGGUGCUGCACGUGCGAACGGGCUCCCGCUUCGAUCAGGACAGCGGGGAGUCAACGUACGAAGGGGAGGGGGACGCGUUCAUAUUUCCGUAUGGCGUUGUGGUGUGCUGGGGGCUGGACGAGGAGCAGGAGCUCGAGCUGCUCACUGUGCUGAGGUUCUGUGAGGUACAGGGAUACGUAGAGCCUGAAGAAGAUCACUUCUCCUACACCUAUGGGGAGGGUUUCGAUUACGUUUUCAGCGAGGACCAACUGAUCCUGACCACACGGCCCAGCAAACGGACCGAAGAUCUCGAGCGAUCUGUUCUCGAGAAGUUGGCAGCUUCCCACGGCUUCGCUCAGUCUUCCCGGCUCGCCGCGUUCGCAGAGUCUGUGCAGCAGUCCAUCGAAGACACACGAGGCCUUGCAGCAGAGCUGGCAGCCAAGGGCGACAUUGUCAGCCAGAGUCAGAGGGACAUUGCCCGCACCUACGGUCGCCUCAUCCUCGACCGCCACACUAUCUACCUGUACGCUGACGUUCUUGACACUCCCGACGUGUGCUGGGAGAAUCCAGACCUGGAUCCCCUCUACCGGCUCGUUAACAAGUACCUCGAGCUCAGCCCGCGCGUCGAGCUUCUGAACAGCCGCGUCGAUGUCGUGAGAGAGCUGCUGAGCCUUCUCUCGGACGAGUUGCAGAACAAGCAUGCGAGCAGACUGGAGGAAAUCAUCAUCUUCCUCAUCACUGUUGAGAUCCUCAUCGAAGUGGUCAAAGACAUUGUCCCCAUGGCAACUUCUUGGGUACAGAAGAACGCGGCCAUCAGCGCCGUCGGCGUCGCUCCCUCUCUCGUCGCGUCGAGUGCGGUGCAGGCGAUCAUGAUCACGACCAUCACGUGCUUCGGAGUGCUGUUGACAGGAGCUGUUUUCACGGGCCUCUACUGGUGGUGGACGGUCUUCAGGUAA